GCUGUCUUGUUAGUGCCCUCUCAGCAUGUCUGAUAGUACAGACUCUACCUUGCCUGACGACGACGUCGUCGUCUUCCGUGAUGCACCGUUCCGUCGUCGCCGGGGUCACCGUAGGGCCGCUCCGGCAGCUAAUCCAGAUGGGGCCGCUUUGAAUCCUUUUGUGGGUCCCCCCGCCCAGGGACCCCAGCCAGCCCAAGCUCAGGGUCAUUUUCCUGCUGGCCCAUUCUUUAACGCCCAUCCGUAUGCUCAGGUUCCUUUUUACAUGAACCCUUACUACCAGUUUGCACAGGCGCCCAUGGGGUACCCCUACCAUCUCCCUGCUCCGGCUGCUGCCGCGGCCCAUGGACCCCAGCCGGCCUUACCGGCCGUCCCCCUGGCCCCCGCCCCACACGCCGGUGCCCCACCGCCCGUCGCUGGUGCGGCAAAUCCUUUUCUGCCUGCGAUACCGCCUCCUGCGGCAGGGGCCAAUAAUCCAUUCGCCCAGGGACCCGCGCCGCCGCCCGCCGGGGCCCCCAUUCCGCCCCAGCCCCAUCCACAUCCCCCCAAACCACCCACUCUCACCUCCAAGUUCUCGGGCGAGUCUAAUGUUAAAUGGGAAGAAUUCGAACUCUUGUUCACUAAUGAUCGCCUCUACGGCCAGUGGUCUGACCAGCUUGCUAAGACCACCCUUCUUCGGCACCUUUCUGGUGUCGCCUUGACCACGUAUGCAUCGGCUGAUGCUACUGUCCAAAACGGCACAUGUAACGAUGUUCUUAACUUUUUGCGGGAUAUCUUUCAAUCACCAACCUCGGUUGAGCAUUAUGAGGCCGAACUCAACUCUAUGCGCCAACUCCCGUCUGAAACUCCCCAGGCCUUUGAAGUCCGCGUGCGUAAUCUGGUUGCUAAGGCUUACCCCGGUACAUUCAGUCACACACUUGACUCUAUUGGCAAACGACUAUUCUUAGACAGGCUCCGGGACUCACACCUCGCUCACGAGGUCCGUAAAUUCACCCCCCGUGACCUUCACGAAGCUAGGACUCAAGUUGAACUGUUCUCCGCCUUAGCGUCCAAUUCGGCUACCCCUUCCUCCGCUAACAACACUCCCCGUUCCGACCCACCAAUCUCCCGCCUGUUGGCAGAUCAUAAAACGGACAUGUCCCGCCUCCAACGUAACCAUGAGCGCCAGGUGACAGAAAUUUGCAACAAAGUACAACACAUGCUCUCUUCCCCACCUAACGUUCCGCCCCAACAACAGGCGCCUGUUCAGGCUGCCGUGCCGCCCAACAUCACCAACCCUACCAAUCCUCUGCGGCCCUCCCGCGGCUUGCCCCCGGGCUAUCGUUGUCACAUUUGUAACAGUCCCGAGCACCUUAAGGCCCUCUGCCCCCACCGUCCGGGCGUCUCUCCCUCGGGAAACCCGUCCAGGCUGACUUAGAUGGAGGGGUUCCGUCAGCUUGU